AAUAUUGAUUGUCGUGUGCAUUAGAUAAUUCAGAGUUGUUCGUUAAUUUUUAUCGUUCUAUCUUUGCACUGAGGUAUAUUGGUGACAAAGCCAAGAAUAUAAGAAUAUUGUUCAUGCAGACUUGAGAUUUGUGCCACUAUGAGUGUUCGCAGCGGAAGACGCCGUGGUCUGCCUGACACGGAUGAAGACACUCCUAGAAGCGCCGAUUCGGGCGGCUCCUCGGCAAUAGACGACGAAACAGAAGAGUCUCUGAUUGCAAAACGCGUGGAAAGAUUGGCUAGUUCUUUACAGGAUACUGGGAAAAAUCUGAGGAAUGUGAGUGGCAUGCUAGAGGAGUUCAAAGACAGAGACCAAGACAGAGGAGCUGCUAUAGACCACCUAAGAGUUGAGCUUCAGCAGUCUACGGAACUUCUACGCGAGGAGCGGAGAAGAUCAAUCAAAGAGCGAGAGAGAUUGAAAAUACCCGGAGUGGCAAGAGGACGUUCGAUGUCUCCUAGAUUUGCUAGACGAGUCGAGAUGCAUGCCACUCACGGAGUAAUGCCUGAGUCACAUGUUCGCCCGCGCUCAAAUAGAUCUGUUUCGCCAGGAAUACUCGGCUCUCGUCGUUCGACGGGACAGCAGUAUCGCCAGUAUACGUCAGGUAUCCCGCUGCAUCUUCCGGGGGAUCUGGGAGGCAACGGGAAUAUCUGGAAUGAUAUGCCUGCUAGUGAUAGGUCCGGCGGAGAUGAGACCAAACAGUUGCUGCAAGAACUGGUCGAGAAUCAGCGGAAUCUUUUGCAAGUGCAAGCGCAGCCUCAAUUGAUGCAGCAUCCGCAUGGUUACAACAAUGAGAACGAUAGACUAGCACAGCUGGAAAGUAUGUUGACCAAGUUGCAGAACGACAUGAAAGUGUCGAAGAGCGGAUCAAAGGUAUCUGGGAGGCAGUUUGAGAAUCCAGACAUCUCCGAGGAGCUGAGAAAGGAAAUGAUGAACGGUCAUGUCACCCCACAAAUUAGGAGUCCCAGGGCUAACACAGGUGGCAGCCAAAGAGCCACCAAGUACUCCUCCUCCACAUCAGCGCCCGAAGACGAGAGAGAAGCGAGCAGUGAGCAGAGCGAGAGGAAUCUCAAAAGAAAACUCAUCAGAUCAGAGUCGGCUAUUGCAGAGUUGGAGAAACAACUGGAUGAUGCCCACAGGAGACUGGAGAACUCAGAGGUAGGGAGGGGUGAAGGACAGCGACAGGUGGUAGAGUUGAGAGAACAGCUGAACAGAAGUGAACAGGACAGAGAGCAGCUGCGGACCAGAGUGAAUGACUACACGCACGACAUACAACGGGAGGUGUCCAAGAGAGAGGAGGCUUUUGCCUCUGAGAAGCGUAUUCUGGAAGAGGAAAUCAGGCGCCUCAAAGGUCAACUGAACGACCCCAGACGAAAUACGGAAUUCGAGACGAUGAAAGCCGAAGUAGAAAAACUGGAUAAGUUGAAAAGCACUUUGGGCAAAAGGGUAGAGGAGGUGCAGAAAAAGAAUCAAGAGAAAGACAUGGAGGCUACCGAGUUCACGUACAAAAUGCGGGAGAUGACUAAUAAACUCGAGGACUCGGAUCGCGUGAAGAAAAAGGCGAUUAGCAGAGUAGAUGAUUUGACUAGGGAGUUGAAUGUGCUGAAGAUUGAGAGGGAGAAGAUUGUGGAACAGCUGAGGAAUGCGGAGACCCAAUUGAACCAGAAGACUAAAGAGACGGAAGAGAUCACUACUAAAUCAAAGACCAUCAUCAAUGCGUUGAAGACCAAAACUCAGAAAUUGACGAAUGACCUUGACAAGGCCACUAAUGCGCACCAGUCUCAUGUGGACAGGAUCAACCAAUUGGAAAGAGAGGUUGAGGCAGGCAGAUUGCAAGCCACUGCCGCUGCGGCAUCAAAAGACCGUGGGCUCGUCACUGGUGCAGACAGUGGUCAACUGGCGGCCAUCCACAAGGAGAUACACGACGUAAUGGUGAUGCGAGGGGAGCAGGAGGAUUUGAUGAGGCGCAAGAACGAAGAGAUCCACGAUCUGAGAGGAGAACUGGAGUCCCUCCAAAGAGCACACACAUCCCUGAAGGACGACAUGGACAAGGUGGACGAGGAGAUCACUCUGAACAGGAAGCGACUGAUGGAGGCUGAGAGCACGAGAGAUGAGCAGGAGGACGAGCUGAUAAAACUAAGGACAGAAGGAGAGGUCACAAGGGAUGAACUUAACAGGGCCAGUGCCAAAGCAGAAGAAUUGGCUAUUCAAGUAGAACAACUGCAACGACGUAUCAGCGAGGAAGUGAAGGAGAAAGAGGAGAAUAAAAUGGCCUUGAUUCAGACAGAGAAGAAAGAGCGUCUAGCUAGAGAAGAGAUAUCCUCUCUGCUGAUCAAACUGAGUGAGCAGGAGCAGAUGCACAACAGGGUGGUGGGGGAACUGAAGAGAGACAUCCAGGAGUUGGUGGAUGUGGAGCAGAAGAAUGUGCAGCAGAUGGUGCAGGGCAUGAAGGCGGAGAGGAACCAGCUGGAAACGGAGAUAGCCAAUCUGAGGCUGGAAGUUAGCAACGAAAAAGAGAGUGCACGUGACAUGCGGGAGAACCUGGAGAAACUAGAACGAGAGUUGAUUGAGGCAAGUGACAACAGCAAGAAACAGGCGGAGACUGAACUGGCCCUGAGCACUAAAGUGGAGGCCCUGCAGUUCGAAAUCACCAUCAAAGACAACCUCGCGCAGGAGCUCGAGUCUAGAAUAAAGAAACUGGAGCGUACGUUGAAGGCGGCCAAGGAGAAACUAAAGAAAGAAGAGCACGACAGACUGACUGUGAUGAGUACAGUGUCGAAGGGAGUGAAUGGACUGGUUGAUGCAGCAGCAGGUGAGGGAUCCCUGGGCAGGCACAAGUCCAACACUCCCAUGGCCAGUGGAGCAGAUGCGAAUGCAUGGCUAGCUGAAAUCAAGGCUAAGAUGUCGUGGCUGCUGACAGAAGUGACCUCUUGGUAUUCCAAAGAGAAGGACGUGCAGCACCAACUGAAGAGAACACAGCAGGAUAUCCUCACUCUGCUGAAUAAUUCCAACCAGGACAAGUCCUUCUUCAUAGAACAGCUGGAGAAGCAGGGAUCACAGAUUAAACACAUCUCCACUGAGAAAGAAGACGUUCGUCUUGGAAAUAUAGACCAAGAAUCCAGGUUGAUGACUUUACAUCAUAAUGUGGAGGAUCUCUCCAACAGGCUGCAGAUGAGUAGCCAAUUGCUGGAAGCGCGGCUGAACAUGCUUCACCUGCAUAAGAGUAACCCCAACACUAACCCAGACGACAUUUCACUUUCUGUACCAGCUCUAAAUAAUCUCAGUGCCACAACCACCCCUGCUAGGAGUCGUCCCAACAGCUACUGCUCUUCAAGAUUGUCACCAAACCCGCAAUUAGUUACUACCUUUGUAGAUAAUUCUGCUUCUACAUCUCUUGCGCAGCAUCAUGGAGCAACUAACAGAUCGGAAUUAGCCGACACGAAAUUAGCAGAAUCAUUUAAUGCGGCUACUGAUUCCAAUACUUGUCAAUCAAAACCUCUAUCGUCAUCAAAAAACCUUCAUGAUUAUAAUUUGAACCAUAAACUCAUAUUGACACCAGAAAACGAAGCUCCUGAUGUAAAAGAGCAGAUGUCGAAUAAAUGUCAAGAUAGUGAUUUUAAUAACAAUUUGUCUUCUAAGGUUGUCUCUUUCUUUAAUGAGGAGUCAGAGAAUCUUAAUAAGUCUUCCGAUCGUCAUCUUAUCCAAGCGUCAUCCACAUUUUACGUGCCUUUAUCUAAACUGAAAUCAACUCAUGAUAAACCUGCAGAUGAGUUGAGUGAGCCUUCAAAAUUUGACAUAGAGCUCCUAAACUCAGGAACAAACCCAUUUGAUUUGGAACCGAAAUCAUCAGAACCUAAAUCGGCUUCAAGUCCAAAACCUUCUUCCUCAAUUCUAUCUUUCUUCACUAACAAACUGUCUUCAAAUACUGAAAAGGAAGCAGAACGAGAUGAAUACGAGUUCUCCGUGAAAAACAGCAGAUGUGAGACAAUGACAAAUGGUGACCUCUAUUACCCAAACAACAAAUAUUUCUCCUCUAUGGCCGCGAGUGGGGCUCCCAUGACAGUCUACUCGGCUGCGAGACUGGACUCGGACAGAAUCGGCACGGACUCUACUGUCACUCCGGAGCAGUCUGUGCUGCACUACACCCAGCCAUUCACUCUGGACUUCUCGGCCGUGCCUUUUCACUUAGUGGCAGCUGCUGAUGGACUUGCAGUGCACCCUUCUCAACAUCAGAUGGUAUAUCCUCAGAGUAGCAGCACACCAGCUCCAGUACCAAUGUCCAAAGUAGCAGCCGACAGACUGACGCAUACACCGCCCACCAAACACAACGCAGGUGAUUGGCAUGCAGCAAUGUCUAGCGCAGGCAGAUCUAUAAACACAGGUGGUGUACCAAAUGGGAUUUACGGGACAACCUCUUCAGCCUUCCAGCCUAUGAUGUCUUCGGUUAAUUUGAAUACAAAAGCACCCAUGAGCAUGACAGACGAAGAAUUCAGGGCUCAAUUCAUACCCAAUGCGCCGCCAGCAGAGCCGACGAUGAUACCCAUGCAGCACUAAUCACAAAAGCCUGAAAAAGAGUUCUUCGCGGGAAGGAAGUGAAAAAACAUCAUAUAUUCGUGUCAAGUUGUUGAAAGAACUCAAUUCAAAUUUAGUUCAAUAGCAUUCUACCCUUAAAUAACUGAAAAAUUACAAUGUAAAAAUUUUGUAAAUCGAAAUGUGAAUUACUAGUUUUUGCUGACUACAAACUAAUUCAUGAUUUCAUUGUUUA